AUGAGUACUACAGGGAAAGUGAUCAAAUGCAGAGCAGCCGUACUCUGGAAGGCUGGCGCACCAUUUUCCAUUGAGGAGGUAGAAGUAGCCCCACCAAAGGCAAAGGAAGUUCGCAUAAAGAUCACGGCUACAGGGCUCUGUGGUACCGAGAUUAAAAUGUUGGAGAAUCAAAUGCAGUAUCCCAUCAUUUUGGGCCAUGAAGGGGCUGGAAUCGUUGAGAGUGUGGGAGAAGGAGUGAGCACCGUGAAAGCAGGUGAUAAAGUUAUCACACUCUUUCUACCACAGUGUGGAGAGUGUGCCUCAUGCCUUAAUUCUGAAGACAACUAUUGUAUACAACUCAAACAGUCGCAUACCAGCCUGAUGACUGAUGGUACCAGUAGAUUUACCUGCAAGGGAAAAACAAUAUAUCACUUUGCCAAUACGAGCACCUUCUCUGAAUACACGGUGAUAAGAGAAAUCUCAGUUGCCAAGGUUGAUGCAACGGCUCCUCUGGAGAAAGUAUGCCUCAUUAGCUGUGGUUUUUCCACUGGGUAUGGUGCUGCAAUCAAUACUGCCAAGGUGACCCCAGGCUCCACCUGUGCGGUGUUUGGCCUUGGAGGAGUCGGUCUGUCUGUUGUCAUGGGCUGUAAAGCAGCCGGUGCGGCCAGGAUCAUUGGGGUGGACAUCAACAAAGACAAAUUUGAGAAGGCAAAGCAAGUGGGUGCCACUGAGUGCAUCAGCCCACAGGACUUCAAGAAACCCAUUCAAGACGUUUUAGUUGAAAUGACAGGUGCUGGUGUGGAAUUUUGUUUUGAGGUCAUCGGAAAUCCAGAAAUGGUGGCAGCUGCCCUAGCCUCCUGCCAUGAGAGCCAUGGAGUCUGCGUGAUUGUGGGGCUCUUGAAUUAUGGUGUCCAGCUCAACAUCAAUGGCUACUUGUUCUUCUCAGGACGUUCUUUGAAGGGAUCUGUUUUUGGAGGCUGGAAAAGCAGAGAGAACGUCUCUAAACUGGUUUCAGAUUAUAUGGCAAAGAAGUUUAAUCUAGAUCCACUGAUUACCCAUACUAUGAGCCUUGAUAAAGUCAAUGAAGCCGUUAAAUUCAUGAAAACCGGAAAAUGUAUUCGCUGUGUCAUGUUACUUUAA